AUGGCAGCAAUACGUAAAAAACUUGUUAUUGUAGGCGAUGGCGCUUGUGGAAAAACAUGUUUAUUGAUUGUAUUCAGUAAAGAUCAAUUUCCGGAAGUAUAUGUUCCAACUGUAUUUGAAAAUUAUGUAUCAGAUAUUGAAAUUGAUGGAAAACAAAUUGAAUUAGCCUUAUGGGACACAGCUGGACAAGAAGAUUAUGAUCGAUUACGACCGCUUUCUUAUCCAGAUACGGAUGUUAUACUUAUGUGUUUUGCUAUUGACAGUCCAGAUAGUCUUGAAAAUAUUCCGGAAAAAUGGACACCAGAAUGCAAACAUUUUUGCCCAAGUGUACCAAUCGUUCUCAUAGGAAAUAAAAAAGAUUUACGUCAAGAUGAAAUGACGAAACGAGAAUUAAUGAAAAUGAAACAAGAAUUAGUUAGAUCUGAAUAUGGUCGAAAUAUGGCAGAUAGAAUUGGUGCUGUUGGUUAUCUUGAAUGUUCAGCUAGAACUAAAGAAGGUGUUCGUGAAGUAUUCGAAUUCGCCACUCGUGCUGCAUUAAUGCGCAAACGCAAACGUAAAGGUGGUUGUUUACUAAUUUAA